AAUUCUUGUUCGUAACUUCUAUGCGCUAUUACAUUCAUCGUAUCUUUUUCGGCCAUUUAUCUACGAAAAGAGAUUAAUAGACGUACCACAAAACAAAAGCCGAAAAAAUUUGUCCGAAAAACAAGCGAAAAAAUGCGGUCCGGUUGCGAAAGGGUUAAACUGCUUUUACGAGCCGUCUUUGUCAAAGCAGCAGUUGGAGAGGCGGGGGGAGGUCAUAAUGGACCAUUAAUGAUGUUUUCUUUUGUUACAGAUGCAGGAUGUAUUCUAGACAAUUCGAAAUUUUACGUAUGCAGCACACACCGACUCGUCGCCGUUUCUACAAGCAGUAUUCGUCAGGAAUAUGUCUAAUUAGAGGAGCCAUGACAUUCAUCAUUUCCUGAAAUAUUCAUCAGUGUGGCGUGCAUCACACUGACUCAUUGGGAAGUUGUUAAUGAGGCUACAAAGGAAAGAGAGAGAAAGAGGGUUUUUACGCACACCCACUAAUAGAAAAUAUGCUUGUCAUGAUUUGUAUGUUGUCAUCGACCGUAUGAUGUGCGAAAGCGGAUUAAGAUAUAUAGAUAAACUAUUUUUUUUUAAUUUGAUUACACUGGCUGGAUGCAAUAGUAACGUAAAUUGAAGAAUAUGCCUUUAGCCUUUAAUCAUUAAUUUUACAUGAUGAAACAAUAACUGAAAUUGAUUGUAUAUUGCAUAACUUUAUAUUUUAGUGCUGGCAAAUGUUGCAAAAUCAUGUAAAACAAUAAUAAUUUAGUCUGAGCGCGGUGUUUCUUAACCUAAGCGCAUUCGUAUUUUCUUUCUCACACGCUUUGAAUUUCGCAAUGCCGGCGUUAUGUUCCAGUUAGCGAGGUGUUGCUUGGCGACGAGCAAAUCAACAAACGAGCCAACUGCGAUCAUUGACAGCUACCGGAGCUUAUUCGGUGUUCCGCUCUUCCAAUUCCGUCUCAACAAGUCCGUAACAACAAUCAAAUCAGGCUCGACAUCAUAUUGACGACUUAAGAAUGUCGUACGGAAUGGAGAAAAUGAAAAUAGCAGCGAGCUACAGAGUGAACGAACCGAUAUGCAAUUUGAAGAUAAGGGUGCGAGUCGUGCAGCAGAAGUCUCCGCUGGCGGAAUUGCUGGCCGAGGAAUCCGAAGAGGGCGGCGAGACCAGAGACUCCAACUUCUUGGAGGAGGAGGACCGUAUUUUUAGCUGGCAGGAAAAGGUGUUCAGCCCGUUCGAGAUAGAUUUCUACGCAGACGAGAAAAAUUGCCUGACCGAUUGUCAGCGGGAUUACCAUCAGCGUAUACGCGAUAAACAGCUACAGGGCGCCCGAUUGUACUCCUACACGGAGAACGACUCCUACUAUGUUGAUAAUGACCUCUUGACGAAACCUUACAGGUCAUAUCUGUCCGUGAAGAAUCAGACUGCGUUGCCGGCCAUGCAGAAUCGUAAGCCCUUUCGAGAGCGAUACAACAAGAGUGUGGUGGAUGACAGAUCCACAGAUGACAGGGUCCGAUCGAAUCAUUAUCUCUACACCGAGCGUACCACUAUGCACGUGAUGGCCGAUCUUUCUCGCAGAGACGAGCCCACAACCGGAUUAACGGAUGCGGAAACACGGCUCUGCUCGGUGACUUACGACAAAGCGCGCAAAUUGCUGACGAUUAGCCCUGAUUUUACCUCGCACGGCGUCGAGCACGAACGACACUACAACGUCACCAACGGCUACGGCGUUAGGUUCGAUUAUCGGAUCGAGCACGUUUUCGAGGGGCGGAUGACGCCGCUUGAGCUGCAGGAGAGGUGCGAAAACACGCGGCGUGAAGUGCAACAACAGCUUGCUUUCAAGGAAGUAGAACUGUACAAGGAGCUGCAACUGCCACCAGCGAAUUUGUCUACAGUAUUUCUAAAUCUGGACAUUGUGUCGGCCCAUGGUUUUUCAUAUGACGGAUUGUUCAUCACUUAUUUUAUCGAUUUGCCGCAACAAUGGAGCACAAAACAGAAAAAGAGACUGUUCGGAAGAACACAAAAAUGUCAUUUAGAAAACAAAUCGGCACAUUUCAGUUAUUGUACCGACAUAUCUUUACAUUAUCCGUCAAAUAAAUUUCAACAGCGGAGUGACAAUAGGUCGCCGCUUUGGCCUCGUUUAUUAUUCUCCAUAGCAUCUUUGGACAGUUGGACCAGGUAUCGAAUAGAGGGAUAUGCAACUUUACCGAUACCAGUGACGCCUGGUACAUAUAAAUUUACAGUUCCCACAUGGCGUGCGAAAGGUAAUAUCAUCGACGCAUUGAGACGAUUUUUCAUCGGUGGCUCGUACGAACUCGAGGAUAUAACAUAUUGCGGUAUUCCGAUGGCGCACGAGGGUAAAGUUUUAGACAAAUCAAAUUUGAGGGUUGUGCCAAGCGGGGAUAUCAAAAUUAAUAUGAAUGUUGUACAUCAAAGUGGUACACGUACGAAAAGUUGUGAAAUCAAUGACUCUGACAGAGUGAGCACUGAUGCUCUCAUGAACAAUGUUGAAAAUGUACUUGAACAAUUUAAGGCAGCUAAAGAACGUAUGAUACAGAUAAGAGGGAUGAGUUCUUAAGUAUGAAUUGUCAAUAUAAUAAUAAUUAAAGAUUGAUUAAGAAAAUGAAUGAGUGUGUCAAGUCUAACAUAAAGGAAUGAUAUUUUUAAAAUAACGUUUGCUAUAGAUUAACAGUCUUUGCAAGAUUUAAUGAAAAGACAGAGAAAAAUGAACUAAUAAACUUGUUAGGAAUACGGAGAUAAAUCACGUAGAGACUCAGCACAAUGUAAAUAGAGACUAAAGAUAUGAGAUGUAAAGUUAGAAAUGAUUUCAUAAUGUGCUGACUAUACAAUUAUUAAUAAAUUUUGUUUACCUUGUCA